AUGUCUGUCACCGACGUCCCACCCAAGAACCCGCGCCUCAUGUGUGGUGACGUCCUCUCGACAUACGGCCUGAUCCUUAUUCUCGCGGCCUCGCUCGCGCUGUGGAUGGUACACUUGCUCGCCCUCGCCCUCAUGUCCCGCUGCAACACACCCAUCCAAGACGCCGAAACGCAGACCUUCCUCUGGACAAAGGACGACCCGCGCGAGCCCGCGCUCCCCUCUGCGCCAGUGUAUGGGAGCAUGCCACUGCCCAUUCGCCCAAAUCCUACGGCCCCACCCCUGGCCGUGUGUCUCAUCCCGUCCAUCCUCCUGCUCGUCUUAAACUACUUCCUCGACCGGUCCGCCCGUCCCACUCUCGAGGUGGCAGACGACAUGGUUGCGAGCGAGAGCGAGAUGGACACGGUCCUCGCUAUUCUCGAUGAGAUGCGCACCCUCACCCUCCUCACGCCCAGUCCCAUGGCCACCCCCAAGAUCACCCCCGAGAUCACACCUGCCUCUACCCCUACUACCAUCACGACCACCUCGGACGCCCUGGCAGAGCUGCAUGCCAGAUGGGGGCGGAUCAACGCCGCGCGUGCUGAAUUCAUCUCGACGUCAGAGAGGUCGAUGGCGGCCAAGCGCGCUCUCGUGCGCAAGGAGGCACAUGACAAUACCGUCAAUGAGGAGAUUUUGAGGAAGGCGAUAGCCGUGAUCGACACAACCCUCGCUGUGUUAGAGGAUGGCAGAACUUGGAAUACCGGUGCAUAG